AUGACCCAACUCAGAGAAGAAUUCUGGAUUCUGAAGUUCAGAAAGACUGUUCGCAAAGUUAUCAGAAAGUGCAUAAUUUGCAAACGAUUCGACCCAAUCGUAACUCCAACUGCUCCAUUGCCUGUUGACCGUCUAAGAGCAGCUUCUGUAUUUGAAAUUACGGGAAUAGAUUUUACAGGGCCUCUCCAUCUAAGAGAAAAUCAGAAGUUGUGGAUUGUCAUUUAUACCUGUGCUGUGUUUAGAGCAAUACAUCUGGAACUGACUACUUCACUGUCCACUGAAAGUUUUCUACAGACUUUUCGAAGAUAUGUGGCUCGUAGAGGAAGACAAGCUAUCGUUUACUCAGACAAUGGAACAAACUUGGUUGGAGCGAACAAUCUUCUUAAAAAGAUUAAUUGGGAUGCAGUAGUUAAAAACAGUGCAGUGAAUAAGAUUAACUGGAAGUUUAUCCCCCCAUCUGCACCUUGGUGGGGUGGCUUUUGGGAACGUUUGAUUGGAAUUCUCAAGCGAAUACUUCGCAAAGUCUUAGGUCGGACGUCUCUCAACUUCGAAGAAUUAAAUACUGUCUUAUGUGAUUGUGAAAGUAUCAUCAAUGGACGACCUCUCACGUACGUCAGUGAAGAUAUAAGUGAUCUAGUGCCUCUUACUCCCAGCAUGUUCCUUCAAGAGGUCAGAGAAGUUGGACUACCAGACCUGGAUCUCUUGGACAGCAAAUCUUUGAAAAAAAGGUUUGCCUACCGUCAAAGAUUGAGACAAGGUCUGAGGAAACGUUUUCGUUCGGAAUAUUUGGGACAGCUGAGGCAAUUCGAUAGAAAAAUGCGAAGUUCUUCACCUACCAAAAUAAGCGAUGUUGUGCUGAUAUCCAGUGACAACACAAAGAGACUGGAUUGGCCUCUAGGGAAAGUCAUCGAAGUAUUCACGUCACGAGAUGGAAACAUCAGACUUUUUGAUAUCUUUUGGUAA